AUGUCCACCAGGUACCACAAAGCAGCAGCUGACGGCAAUUUGGAGCUCCUGAAAGAAGCCACCAGGAAGGAUCUCAAUACUCCGGAUGAGGACGGGAUGACGCCCACGCUCCUGGCAGCGUACCACGGGUAUCUGGAAGCUCUGGAAAUCACAUGUCGGAGAGGAGGUGAUCCUGACAAAUGUGACAUCUGGGGGAACACUGCUCUCCACCACACUGCUUGCAAUGGUCACGUCCACUGUGUUUCUUUUUUGAUCAAGUUUGGUGCCAAUAUAUUUGCUCUGGACAAUGACUUCCGCACUCCUCUGGAGGCAGCUGCCAGCAGAGAUCGAAACGAGUGUGUCAGCAUCCUAGACAAAGCUGCCACCGAACAGAACAUGCUGAACCCAAAGAAAGUCUCCAAACUCAAAGCGCAGGCGCAGAGGAAUGCAGAGAAACAAAUCAAGGAAUGUGAGAAGCGCCAAGAGAAACACCAGCAUGAAAUGAACCAGAAUUAUAUGAAAGAAAAGCUUGGCUCAGUAAAUUCUUCUAGAGGGACACACUCCAGAGGAAAAGUGUCUAGUCUCUUUGCUUCAAAUACAAGUUCUUUCUCCAAAAAUCUGAAAGAUACCUUCAGAUUGAAGGCAAAAAAGACAGCUGAUAAUGCAGGAAAUGAGGAAACAAAAAGCAAUGGCCAAGGGGAUAGCAUGGAUAGAAGAACAACUGUGAUGCAUUUAUUUGAUGAAAAAGAGGAGGAUGAAUUACUGAAUGACCUUAGAGAGGCAAACCUUUCUGACAAUGACAGUCAGCUCUCUAUUUUCAAGCGGCCAGGUCUUGGCAAGAUUGUAUUUGGAAGAAAUUUGGCUGCAAAUGUAAAUCCAGAAGGCAUAUCGUCAGGGAAAGAGAGUAUAAGCUUCAAAAUGUCCAGUGAGCUCUUUCAGCAGGAAAAUGCUGAGAAUGGCAGAGAAGACCAUGUUGGAAACGAAGCUAAUGUUCCUUGGAACGAGGAGGAACUUGUCUGGGAUGAUGAGGAAGGGGAGAGCACCCCCCUGGAGGUCUUCCUGGCAUCACAGAUGUUGGAUGAGUUUCUUCCAGUCUUCAUGAGGGAAAAAAUCGAUUUAGAUGCCCUGAUGCUAUGUUCUGAUGAAGAUCUACAGAGCAUUCAAAUGGAGCUGGGGCCAAGAAAGAAAGUCCUGAAUGCUGUGGAUAGAAGAAAACAGGCACUCAAGAACCCGGGAAAAACUACAGAUACUCGCUUAUAA